UUGUUUUGUUUAUGUGUCAUGUUAUUGUAGUCACAGCUUUUUAAAAGUUAUUCAUAAAAAAUGUGUGAUAUAAAUGAUAAUCCUAUAAAAUUAAGCGUAAGAUGGAAUGGUAAAGAAUUUGAAAUACCGGAACUGUCGCCGUCGGAUUCCGUCGCGAUGUUGAAGAUCGCUAUAGAAAAUGCCACGGGCGUACGGCCGGACAGACAAAAGUUACUAAACGUAAAGUUUGAAGGUAAAGUAGCAACAGACAAUUGUACACUGGCUGAUCUAAAUCUCAAGCCUAAUUUGAAAAUUAUGAUGAUGGGUUCAUUAGAAGAGGCCAUAGUGGGAGCAAGGACCAAACCAGAAGUGGACGAUGUUGUUAAUGACUUGGAUAUUGAAGAGGAAGAGGUUGACGUUGAGAAUCAGGAGGUGUAUAUAGCAAAAAUUAAUAAACGCAUACGUGAUUACAAAAUCAAUGUACUGAACGAACCUCGUCCCGGGAAGAAACUACUAGUGCUAGAUAUUGAUUAUACGCUCUUUGAUCACAGAUCUGUAGCUGAAACCGGAUACGAACUAAUGCGACCGUUCCUCCAUGUGUUUCUGACAUCGGCAUACGAGGAUUAUGACAUUGUGAUUUGGUCAGCGACCGGGAUGAAAUGGAUCGAAGAGAAGAUGAAACUCCUCGGAGUAACCGGUCAUCCAGAUUACAAGAUCAUGUUUUAUCUAGAUUAUCUCGCGAUGAUAACGGUUCAUACCGCCAAAUAUGGCACUAUUGAUGUCAAACCUCUAGGCGUGAUCUGGGGAAAAUACCCCCAGUACAGUUCGAAAAACACAAUAAUGUUCGACGACAUACGAAGGAACUUCAUUAUGAACCCAAAGAGUGGUCUCAAAAUUAGACCGUUCAGGCAAGCGCACCUCAACCGGGACAAAGACCGGGAGUUGCUCUACCUGUCGACCUACCUCAAGGAUAUCGCACAGAAUUGUGAGGAUUUCGACCAGCUGAACCACAAGAAGUGGGAGAAAUACAAGCCCGACAGGAAACUCCAGGCGGGCAGUAAAAGGAAAGCGGAAGAUUCGCCCUCCAAGCCGAGGGAAUGACGUGCCAAGUAUCAUCCACGAGCUGUCUUCGUUUUGGGGAGAAGAUUCUUUACAUCCGAUAUUUUAAACUUUGCCUUUUAUACCUCGAUACGACUUCAUGAAUAAUAGCAAUAGUUGAAACGGUAGCUUAGCGUUUCCUCAGAAGGGGCGGGGGAUCCUGUCGUGUAGAGUACUUAGCCUCAUUCUGCCGCAAACCAGUGAUGCGUUCGGGUUUGAAGGACGCAACAGCUCUAUUCAAUGCAACUGAAUUUUCGGCUUCAUAUCUUGAGCUGGAUGGCGGAAUUCAGGUUGUGAUUUGUAUAAGCUUCGGUGACCUCUAAGCCGUGAGCCAUCUAACCAACUAGAAAAAUAACAAGAGUUUUCAUUACCACGAAAUACCUGUGAUCCAUAACCUUCUCGCAAUUUAAGCACAAAAACAAAGUAAUAAUUGUUGUAAGUGUUAACUUUUCUACAAAUUAACCGAUCUCAAACAGCCUUGAAGGAUUUGACGAGGAGCCCUUCUCACCAAACAUCACGUUUCUAAACUAUAUAUCAUGUCUAAUAUAAUCUAUACUACCACUAAUUCUAUUCUAACUUACUAUAUAUGUGUAAUAUAAUCUAUGCUAGUAAAAAAUAAUUGUAACUUCAACAUUUUCUCAUGCAUUUUACUCAGAUCAUGCAACUUGACAUGAUAAACUAAAAAAAAACCUGUCAAAUAUGUGUGUCAGUGUCACAAGUGUAGACAUUUCUUAAACGAGAGAGACAAACUAUAUUCUGACAUUUUCUUUUUCAAUUCCAAUGAAAGAACUGCCGUUUCUAAUUUAGUAUAAUGCUAUUCGAAUGAUAUUAGACUUAAAUAAGCAUUUAAUGCGAUUGUAUAAUUUAUAAACGAAUA